ACUUGUUCUGCAAGGACUGAAUAGUACAACGGUAAAAAACAAGAUUAAAAACCAUUUCUGAUAUUUUUUUCAUUUUUAUGCAAAAAAAUAAAUUAUAAUGACAAGACAACAUUUUAUGAUGGAUCAACUAUGGCCCCCUUGGAACGAGCUGUCAAGUGUGACCUUUUCUGUAAAAAAAAUCCAUUUUAGAUCCUUUGCGGUUGUACAAAGGGUCAGUGUACUAAAAAAAAGCUUUAUCAUUGUUAACAAAAAUAACACAAAUGGAGCCUAACAUUUCAAAAGGGCACAACACUUUUGUAAACAAUAGUGUAUCCCUUUCACUCGUCUGACAGUUUGCAUAAAGUGUGAGAGGGAUACACUCUUGUUUGCAAAACACACACACACACACACACACACACACACACUCCCAAACGUGUGUGUUGAUAGUGUGCGUGAGCACCGUGUAAAAAGUGACAGUUCAUCACUUUUUAGUUUAACUUUGUCAAACCAACGGGGCACACGAGCGUCAAACGAAAAAGUGACCAACCACCGGGGGUUGGCUGUAAUCGUUUUUUUGCGGGCAGCUGUCAGUUUUGGCGCGUUUUGAAAAAAGAACAGGUUGAAGAGUCCGUUUUUUCAUUCCACAAUCCACGAGCAGACCGGGAAGUUGCUGUUAAAAUUCGCGGCCAGGAAUAGAGUUUGCUUCUGUCACGUUUCCUCGAAGUCUCAACCAUGAACUUUAGCACCGGUUCCGGCGCGUUCAACCCGCGCUCGGCACGUGGCGCCAACGACGAGCACAAAUCGGAGGGCGUGCUUCCGGUGAUGCUGCGUCACAUCCAGGAGUCGCCUGAGGAGGGCAUCGAGCUGUUCGGCUACCAGUACGCAACGGUGACGUUCGUAGCAAUAGUCCGGCAAAUCGUCCAAACCCCGACGAAGGUCACGUACCGGAUGGAGGACCACACUGCCCAGCUCGAUGCGCAUCGCUGGAUUGAUGAAGAGCAUCCGGACCAGAACGACAUUCCGGUGGUCCGUAUCAACAGUUACGCGCGGGUGGUUGGCUCCGUGCGCAACGAGGGCAAGGGCAGUGACAGAGUGAAGGCGGUUAUGAUCUUCAAGAUCUCGCAGGUCGAUUCGCCGAAUGAGAUCACGACGCACCUGCUGGAGGUGUUGAACGCCCGGUAUAAAGGAGAAGAGUAUGCAAAGAAAGCCGGAAUCAGCGGAAUCGGUGGCUCCAGAGAAGAAAUCGCCGAAGCAAACUCGAUGGGGCUGUCCAGAGCGCAGAUGGUCGUUUACAAGGCCAUCAAACAUCACAUAUCGGACAUUGGGAUCAGCCGAGAGGAGCUGCAGGCCAAAUUCCCGCACAUUAGCCCGACGGAGAUGACGAGAAUAAUCGAUGAGAUGAUUCAGGAGGGCCUCGUUUACACCAGCGCGGACGUCGAUCACUUCCUGUGCGUUACGUAAAGCGCCAAAGGUACUUUCUCUUAUGAUUUAUACCACAAACUAUGUCACAUUAAAAUCGGUAGCGGUAUGAAGUUUGGAGUCUUCUAAUUUUUUCCACAAUAAUGGAACCGUGGUGUAGAGGUAAACGUGGUUGCCUCUCACCCAGU